UUAUAAAAUUUGAUUUUAUUUUACUCUUUAUCUGUGUAUUUUUAUUUGCUACAUCAGGCAACCCUAGCAGGGUGGCUAAGAACAAGCAUCGUUCUGCUGCGGCACAAGAAAACCACAAACACAACGCCACCACGACCCCGGUAGCCUUCCGCCCCAAAAGUCUCUCCAAUUCGAAGCCAGUGAGAACGGGCUUCCAGAAAACAGACGCUGUAACUAGGCAACCAAGACGCGAACCCACCCGACCUUCCGCAGAAUUCAGGUUUAAAAGUGCGGUGCAUCCUGGGAGUGAGUUUUCUAAGUUCGGCUUCGCUUCCAAAGGCCACCAGACUACAACUCCCAGCAGCCCUAAAGGCUCGCUGCGAGUCACGCUGGGAUUUCUGACUUUACCCUGAGGAAAGCUCCUGGUAGGCUGCUUGUGUCAGAAGAGACAAGGGACGGUUUCUAGAGAUUCGCGACACUAAGAAUUCAUCUAAAAGGUUAAACCGAGGAUUACUACUUUCGAUGCAGAGAAAACUAGUCCUCCCCAACAUUGCGAAAACAUGUGCCUACGCGCGCUGACGUUACAUCGCGCGCUGAAGGGUGGGGACUGAGCGGCGCUCCUGCACGUGAUGCCAGCGCAUCUUUGCGAUUGGCCGCCUCGGGGGCGCGGCGCUCGGGCGCGGACGCCUCGGAUUGGUGUUUCGGGGUAGCGGGGUGGGACUCUGGCUGCAGCCGCGGGAGGUCCGGACACUGGCGGCCAUGGGACUCGCCGGUACUAGACGACACAUAACCGAGUUGCACUGAGGACAGAUGCCUAAACCAUCUCAGCAUGGCCUAUAGAGGAGGAGGUGGGCAUGGCCAGCCUCCCUCAGCUGUGCGCUCCCGUGUUAGCCCUGGAAGUCUGUCAACAUGUAGGACCCGCACCCAUAACAUAUGCAUGGUGUCGGACUUUUUCUACCCUAACAUGGGAGGCGUGGAAAGCCACAUUUACCAGCUCUCUCAGUGCCUGAUUGAAAGAGGGCACAAAGUGAUCAUUGUCACCCAUGCUUAUGGAAAUCGGAAAGGCAUCCGUUACCUCACUAAUGGCCUCAAAGUCUAUUACUUGCCUCUGAAAGUCAUGUACAACCAAUCUACAGCCACGACCCUCUUUCAUAGUCUGCCGUUGCUCAGGUGCAUAUUUGUUCGGGAGAGAGUCACAAUAAUCCAUUCACAUAGUUCUUUUUCUGCCAUGGCCCAUGAUGCCCUCUUCCACGCCAAGACAAUGGGGCUCCAGACAGUCUUCACGGACCAUUCCCUUUUCGGAUUUGCUGAUGUCAGCUCGGUGCUCACAAACAAGCUUCUAACUGUGUCUCUUUGUGACACAAACCACAUAAUUUGUGUCUCUUACACUAGUAAGGAAAACACUGUGCUAAGAGCAGCACUGAAUCCUGAAAUAGUGUCCGUCAUUCCUAAUGCUGUAGAUCCUACUGACUUCACUCCAGACCCAUUUAGAAGGCAUGAUAGUAUAAUAACUAUUGUUGUUGUCAGCAGACUUGUUUACAGAAAAGGGACUGAUUUGCUUAGUGGUAUAAUACCUGAACUCUGUCAGAAAUACCCAGAUUUAAAUUUCAUAAUUGGAGGAGAGGGACCUAAGAGAAUCAUUUUGGAAGAAGUACGAGAAAGGUACCAGCUCCAUGACAGGGGCAAUGGUUGGAAGUACCCUGGAAGGCACGUGCACGCGCACACACUCACACACAAAACAACCACUUUGGAAAUGUUUGUAGAUUUUCAAGCCUUGCUGAGUUGUGAUUUGUAUAGCAUGGCCCAAAUCAUAGUGCGUCUCUUGGGAGCCUUAGAACACAAGGAUGUUAGAAAUGUCUUAGUUCAAGGACAUAUUUUUCUCAAUACUUCCCUUACCGAAGCAUUCUGCAUGGCGAUUGUGGAAGCAGCCAGUUGUGGUUUACAGGUUGUAAGUACCAGGGUUGGUGGAAUUCCUGAAGUACUUCCAGAAAAUCUUAUCAUUCUGUGUGAGCCUUCCGUCAAGUCCUUGUGCGAGGGUUUGGAAAAAGCGAUUUCCCAGCUGAAGUCAGGAGCAUUGCCGGCUCCCGAAAAUAUCCAUAACGUAGUAAAGACUUUCUACACCUGGAGGAAUGUUGCGGAAAGAACUGAAAAAGUGUACGACCGCGUGGCAGGAGAAGCUGUGUUACCAAUGGACAAACGACUGGACAGACUCAUCUCUCACUGUGGCCCAGUAACAGGCUGCAUUUUUGCUUUGUUGGCUGUAUUCAACUUUCUAUUCCUCCUUUUCCUGAGAUGGAUGACUCCAGAUUCUAUCAUCGAUGUCGCAAUAGAUGCCACAGGGCCCAAGGGCGCCUGGACUCAUCAAUAUCCUUACAGUAAAAAAGGGGGCGAGAAUAAUGAGAUGUCUAAACCCAGGUAGAAGAAAGCCUGGAUUGUAAGGUUUUACACAUUUGUAAUAGUUCUAGUAAGACGAUGGAAAAUAACCUUGCUUUUUUCUUUUUUUUUAAAGUUAAUUUAGUAAGUUAUGCUACCUCUAUAUCAUUCAAUGUUUUAUUUUGAGGAAAGAUAAAAACUUAUGCAAUUCCUGAGUGUAGAAACUCCUUGCACUUACUUAAGACUUAGGAGAGAACAUUGAAGCCACUCAGGUAUGAAAUUUUUCAGACUACUGAAAUCCCUCUAACAGAGAUGUUUUAAAAUUAUAUUUUGGGAGCUUUGGGUGCUGAAGGGCCAAAUGUUUUCUGGGCAUUUUUGGGCCAAUUUUAAAUGUUCUACCAUCAAUUAGACAUUCACCAGAUGUUUACAGGUUUUCUUUCGGGAAGUACAACAACGAUAUGAACUCUUUUUGAGUCCUGUUCAGACACAUUUUAGUCAUUGAGGUCAUGUUCUUAAGACGUUUAUUUGGUACGCUCAGUGUUACAGAUCGUCAGCAGGUUUCUUGAGCAAGAUGGUCCAUCAGUUAUUGGCAUGUUUUAAGCAUCUCCUACUGUGUGUAGAACAUUGAAGUAGACACUUCGUGCUGUUGAGGACCAGGGGCACAUUCAGAUGCUCUUUGUUUAUCGCUCAGAUGGCUCACUUCUUUGUAGUCACAGUUGACGGAAUGGUAAACUAUCUAACAUGCCAAAAAUGCUCAGGCUUUCAAUGCCAGGAAAAAUGGUCGGCAGACUCCGAUUACUUCUUCGAUCUUGUCGUAUGUGUUCUCCUAGGUAGAGCCUUUGUCUUAAUUUGUGUGUGUGAAAAAGCUUCUUGCUUCUGGAAUGCUAGGGACGAAUACCACUGUUGGCGACAGUGCAGAGAAACCCUCCGCGCCUUCCCCGGCAUCACUGAGUCCUCUGUAAAUGCCUUCGUGUUUUCCGAGCAGAACGUACGAGCUGUGCCAUCUCCAACUCAGCUGCUCCCCUCCACUACCUUUGAUAGAAGUCACUUCCCUUCACUUGUGGCCUAGCUGUUGUCUGAGAAGUCUUGUCAGUGUGCAGGAGUCUUCACCCCAGUAUGUUCUAUUUAUAGCUAAUUGAGUCUGAAAAUUGUAGGAACACAGUCUCUUUGUGGUUGUCUGUUGUUAACUGUAAUCGUUGUUGCCCAGAGCCAUGGGUUUUUAAACCCCAGAUUAUCCACAUGGUGUGUCUUAUUAACUCCUUGAACUCCUUAGAGUACGUUUUUGUGAUAAAGGACUGUGAAAUCCAAAGAAAGAGGUGCUUGUGGUGCACUAGGAAGCUGCUGGCAGUAUUGGGGUUCUGUACAGGAUUGGUUUCCUUUUGUUUUUAACGACAACGCUCAUAAAACUUCUUUUUUAAAAAGUAUCUUAACAUGCCUGUUAACCGGUUGCCACUGAUCUGUAAGAAAUAACGAUUUGUGUUUUGUGCCAAAACACAAAUGCGCGAGUGCGAUUCUUAAAACCUGGAAGUUAAGGGAUCUUUUGUUAAAGAAAAAUGGACUGACCCGAACCAUUAAAUCUUAUUGGGAUUUUUAAUGCACAGAAACUGAUUUAUGUAAAUAUGAAAUAAACAGUGCCAAUAUGCACGCUAAAGCAAGAAACUAACCUGUGUUUUUAUUUAUUUGCUUCAGCAGUUUUUAAGGGCAUACUACUAUUUGUUCUUACAUUUUUGUUUCUCAGCGUAUUUUUGAGAUGGCCAUUCAUUUCAGAUGGAAAUGGGAUGUCAACUUGCAUGUAAAAUAUGUAAUUUAUAAAUCAAAAUUAUGUCCUUUGUUUUUAACAAAGGGAAGUAAAUUUGCUUGUUCUAGUAAAUCUUAAUUUUCAGGCUUCCUGGAUACCUUAAUUGUAACUGUCAGUGUUGCACUGGUCAACAUGUGGAACCAUAUUGUUCGACCCCGCUACUUACAUUUAUUUGAAAGUGAACUUGCAGUGAUGAGGAAUUUAUGAAAAAUGUAUUGUAUUUCUUUUGAUAUUACAAAAACUAGCACAUAUGAAACUGGUUUAUGAAAACACACUACAUGUCCAAAAAUAAAGACCAAAAUGACAUUUUGACAA